AUGCCGCCGUCGAUACUCAGCGGCGCGGCCGCGCGGGUGCGCGCGACCGCGCCGACCAACUCCGUCAGGCGGCGCCACGUCUCGAAAAGCGGAUUUGGAAAGCGUCACGACGCGCCGACUCGCCGCGCGGCGUGGGUGCGCGCAUGGCCCGCGUUUCCCGCGAGGAACGUUCCGGGAGGCGUAAACGCCGGAUGGAGACGCGGCGACGCGACGAGGGCGCGCGUCAUCGACCCGCAUCCCGGACGCGGCGCGCUCACCGCCGAGGGCGAGGGGGACGACAACGACGAACGCCGGGACCGGGACGACGAAGACGACGCCCUCCCCCGGAGAGAGACAGAGACGCUCUCCGCGGCGGACGUCCAGCGCGCCCUCGCGUCGGCGACCGUGACCCACGCCGCCGGCACCGCGGACGACGACGCGGACGACGAGGACGGCGAAGACGACGCGUGGUUCGAGCACCUCCCGUACAUCCUCGAGUUCUCGUCGCCCAUCGACGCGGUGGCCAUCCUCGACUCGAUCGACGAGGACAUUCAACUCGCGGCGGCGGCGGAGGAGACCGCGGCGCUUGCCGAGGAAACGGACGCGGAUCGAUCGACGUCCGCGUCCGACCCCGCGUCCUCCGCGUCGUCCCAGGCGUCGUCCCAGUCCUCGUCGGUCCCUUCCGGGAUGAACCCUUCGUCGUCCAAAAAAGCGUCGGGCGAGGGCGACGAGUUCAUCGGAUACGGAGCGCUCUUCGCGAGCAUCGCCAACCUCGGCCUCCCCGCGCUGGUCAACUCGUGCAUCGAGCCGGUGAUCAGCUCCGCGGAGACGGCGUGCGCGGGUAAGAUUGGCGUGCUCUACCUCGCCGCGCUCGCGCCUUCGUCCUCGCUCUUCGCCUUCGCCGCGGAGAUGUGCUUCGCGGUGUCCAUCGUGGUCACGAACACCAUCGCCAAGGUGGCGGCGGGCGAGUCGCGCGGAUUGAACGGGGGAUCCGAGGAGGAGGAGGCGGCGAAGCAGCGGAACACGAUCACCGCGGCGGUCGCGGCGUCCUUCGUGUCCGGCGCGGUGCUGGCGUGCGCGCUCGCCGCGCUCGCGGGUCCCCUCCUGAGCCUCAUGCACGUGCCGCCCGAGGUUGCGCCCAUCGUUCGAACGUACGUCGCGGUGCGCGCGCUCGGGCUACCGUUCUUCGCCGCGUCCAACGCCGCGGAGGGGGUGUUCAUAGGGCAGAGGGACGGCGUGACCCCGAUGGUGGCGUGGACCGCGACGGGCGCAAUCACCCUGGGCGUCAUCGUCGCGGCGGCGCACCCAUCCGCGCUCGGGCUCGGACUGCCCGGAUCCGCCGCGGCCAUCUCCUUCGGCCAGGCGCUCACCGCGGCCUGGUUCUUCCGGGGUUUAGCCGCGAACGGGUGGUUGGCGUGGCCGGAAGGCGACGGAGAGGGGGGCGUGGGCGAGGUUGGCACGUCGGACGCGGGGGGUUCUAGUUUGGGCGCGGCGGCGGGAGCGCCCACGUCGCAGGUUGGCCGCAGAUUGGCCGCCGCCGCGUUGGCGUGCCGCGCGCUCUGGUCGCGGUCCGUGGACGUCCUCGUGGAGUCCAGGAUGCUCAACGAGAUUGGGUGGAUGUUCCUCGGCGCGUUCUCGCGCAUGGGAACGUACGCGGCGAUCACGGCGAGCGCGUCGGCGCUUGGCGUGUUGCCGGGCGCUACGCACAAAGUCGCGCUUGAGACGUUCUGGAUCCUCUCGUUCCUCACCGAGCCGGUGUUCACCGCGUGCAACGCGCUGAUCCCCCGGGAGUUACACGCGGGACGGUGGGGCAGCGCGAGGAAGCUCCGCGCGGCGCUCAUCGCGCUCUCGGUGUUGCUUGGCACGUUGCUGUCCUGCGCGGCGUUUUUGAUGACUCAGACGGCUGUGUACUCGGACGAUCCCGCGGUGACUGCGGCGCUGAGCGCGCUCACCGCGCCCCUCGCCGUCGCCCUCGGCCUCAGCGCGGUCGCGUACGGCGUCGAGGGAACCAUCAUCGGGUGCGGCGAGGUUGGGUACCUCGGGAGGACGCACGCCAGGGACUUUUUGUUGGUGCUCUUACUCCUCAAGGCGCACUCGACGUUUCCGAGCGUCGCGGGAUCGGGGCUCGCGGGGAUCUGGUGGGUCCUCGCGUUCUUUCAGGGCUUGCGGAUAUGUCAGCACUGGUGCCACCUGGCGAUGACGCGGCCGUUCUGGGAGAAGCAGGCGGACCCCACGACGGAAGAAGCAGCGGAGGCUGACGGGAAGGCUCUGCUGAUUGCGUGACGAGGCGGUUGAACGUUUAUUUUUUCACUGUAAGAUCAUUUUCACAUUUCGCACGA